AUGUACAGAGCUUGGAUGAAUAAGCACAGAGCUGGGGUGAAUAUGCGCAGAGCUGGGUUGAAUAGGCACAGGGCUGGGGUGAAUAGGCACAGAGCUGGGGUGAAUAAGCACAGAGCUGGGGUGAAUAAGCACAGAGCUGGGGUGAAUAAGCACAGAGCUGGGGUGAAUAUUCGCAGAGUUGGGUUGAAUAAGCACAGAGCUGGGGUGAAUAUGCGCAGAGUUGGGUUGAAUAAGCACAGGGCUGGGGUGAAUAGGCACAGGGCUGGGGUGAAUAAGCACAGAGCUGGGGUGAAUAUGCGCAGAGUUGGAUUGAAUAAGCACAGAGCUGGGGUGAAUAUGCGCAGAGUUGGGUUGAAUAAGCACAGAGUUGGGUUGAAUAAGCACAGAGCUGGGAUGAAUAUGUGCAGAGCUGGGUUGAAUAGGCACAGGGCUAGGGUGAAUAGGCACAGGGCUGGGGUGAAUAAGCACAGAGCUGGGGUGAAUAAGCACAGAGCUGGGGUGAAUAUGCGCAGAGUUGGGUUGAAUAAGCACAGAGCUGGGGUGAAUAUGCACAGAGUUGGGUUGAAUAAGCACAGGGCUGGGGUAAAUAGGCACAGGGCUGGGGUGAAUAAGCACAGAGCUGGGGUGAAUAUGCGCAGAGUUGGGUUGAAUAAGCACAGAGCUGGGGUGAAUAUGCGCAGAGUUGGGUUGAAUAAGCACAGAGCUGGGGUGAAUAUGCGCAGAGUUGGGUUGCAUAAGCACAGAGCUGGGUUGAAUAUGCGCAGAGUUGGGUUGAAUAGGCACAGGGCUGGGGUGAAUAGGCACAGGGCUGGGGUGAAUAUGUACAGGGCUAGGGUGAAUAUGCGCAGAGCUGGGUUGAAUACAUUGUAG